CGGCGCGAUGGGGCCGGCCGGGGCGCUCCUCGGGGGGCUGCUCCUGCUCUGGGGGGCCCUCCCCUGGAGGCAGGUGCGUGGCCUCCGCCACAGCGUCUACUGGAACGCCAGCAACGCCAGAUUCGUCGACGAGGACUAUGCCGUUCAAGUCUCCAUCAACGAUUACCUGGAUAUUUACUGCCCACACUAUGAGCAACCCUUGGCUGUUGGGGCCCCCGAGACCUUCACUCUUCUCAUGGUCAACGGCGAGGGUUACCACGGCUGCUACGAGACCCCCGGAGCUUUCAAGCGUUGGGAAUGCAACCGCCCCUAUGCCCCCUACGGACCCGUCCGGUUCUCAGAGAAGAUCCAGCGGUUCACUCCCUUCUCGCUGGGUUUCGAGUUCCAGCCUGGACGUGACUACUACUAUAUUUCCAUCCCCACUGCAGAAAGCCCGGGACGUUGCUUGAAACUACGAGUCUCCGUCUGCUGCAAAGUAACCACUGUGGAACCAGUGACAGAAGGUCCCAAGUCUCAACCACGCGGGAGAGGCAGCUCGGAGGAUGCCGUUGUAGCGCCUGGACGCAGCUCGGCUCCCUCCUGGCCCAGCCAUCUCUGCCUCGGGCUCACCCUCAUCCCCCUCCUGGGGCUCUGA